GUACGCUACAUAUGUUGCCUUUGAUGUUUGUUACUUACCUGUAUGUUUCAGCAUAUCUUGGUCUUGUUUUGGGGGAGAUUCUGUUCUUUCGAAAUUUGAUAUAAUUAUCGCAGUGUGACUGUGUCUUGUUAUGAGUGUUUGUUGCAGUUUAAGCUACAUCUAUUUAUAUGUAGUAAGCACUAAUGCGAUUGUUUUAUUAUAAUGUUCGUCUUGAUACUUAUAUCGAACGUUGAAAUUGAUAAGAUUGAUUCAUUCUUCACAUGUCGUUUCGAUACUCAUUGAUAAGGGAGCGUACGAACUGAGUAGCGUCCGCGUUUAAAAUGAUAAAAACUAUUCCUACAUACAUUGAACAUCCACUAGUUCAUUUUCGGCAGCGCUACGAUUGGGACUGCGGAUUAUCCUGCAUUUUAAUGCUCUUGGGACGUAAUGAAAGGCGUCUGUUUUUGAAUGAUUUUAAAGACAUCUGCCAAAAGAAUGGAUUUGGAGAGAGUACUUGGACUAUUGAUUUGUGCUACUUACUGAAGGAUUUUGGCAUUGAACACAAAUAUCUAACGAUAACUUUCGGUGCCAAUCCAUCACAUCUUGGAAAAGAAUACUAUAAAUGCUUCAAUGAUGAUGAAAAACGAGUCAAUGAAAAAUUCCAUAAUGCAAACAAUCAUGGCAUAUUCGUGGAAACAAAAUCCGUAUCGUGUGACGAUCUAAUACAGCAUUUAGGGUCCUAUGGGAAUAUCAUACUGCUUACCAGCGCUUCUCUACUUUACUGUGAUCUUUGUAAAGUCAAUAAACUGUCAAUGGAGCUCCGGUCAUGUUUGGGACUGAAAUCUACUUAUAUGGGUCACUAUGUGAUUCUCUGUGGCUACGAUAAAAGAAUUCAGAAAUUCUUGUACAGAAAUCCUGCCUUGAAAGAUAAAAUAUGCUUCAUGUCUUUCGAAGCAAUGGAUCGAGCCCGAAAAGCUAGCGGAACCGACGAGGACAUUAUACUACUGUAUGACAAACUAUUGUGAUAUACGAUUAAGAACUAUCAUAAAAAUAUACGUGUGAUCAAGGAUUUCGGCUUCUUAAAUGUCCAGUGAAACCCGUGGCAUUUCUUUACAACGAGUUUAUUCUCUACUAUGCAAUGAUUACUUACCUUAGUAGCCCUACUUACUUUGUACAUUGUAUUUGAAUUAAAAUUAACGAACUACAAAA